AUGCUGUGCAAUCACACGGCCGCCCUUUCUUUCUUCUGUUUUUAUAAAGCAAAGUGGCUCGGCUCUGGCACAGCAGUCACCGGUGAUGCAGUCUCAUGCCAACACAGCCAUGGGCAAGGUAGAGGGAAUCAAACGCCGGGGCUUCCCCCGCACCUUCUACCCGCUGUGUGGUUUAUUGUGUUUAUUCAUCCUGUGCAACCUUUCCUUCCGCAGAUCAUCUUCUACGAGGACAGGAACUUUCAAGGUCGCGCUCACGAGUGCAGCAGCGACUGCGCCGACCUUCACUCCCUCUUCAACCGAUGCAACUCCAUCCGGGUGGAGAGCGGCUGCUUCAUGGUCUACGAGCGACCCAACUACAUGGGCAACCAGUUCUACCUGAGGAGAGGCGAGUACUCUGACAACCAGCGCACCAUUGGCAUCAACGACUGCGUCAGAUCUUGCCGUAUGAUUCCCCAGCACGGAGGUUCCUACAGGGUGAGGCUCUACGAACGCUUCGACAUGUCCGGCCAGAUGCACGAGCUGGUGGACGACUGCCCCAACGUGCAGGACCACCUCAGCAUGUCCGACUUCAACUCCUGCAACGUGAUGGACGGCCACUGGCUGCUCUACGAUCAGCCCAACUACAAGGGCAGGACGCACUACCUGCGUCCCGGGGAGUACCGGAGAUACAGCGACUGGGGGGGCGUCAGCCCGCGGGUUGGUUCCCUCAGAAGAAUCACUGACUUCAACUGA